AUGUGUCAUGAGCGCGCAUGAGUGAUGCUCGUGCACUACAACGGACAGUAAGUGUGAAACGGUUACGACCUGUAAGCAUAUGUUGCAACAGAUGUGACCUGCUUACGUGACCGUGGAGGAAGUUGACCAGCAGGACUAGAGUGGACAAACCCACAUUACUCAAUAAUACAAACAGUGGCUAUGGCAACAGCCACAGCCGCUGUAAAUGUGAGUGACACUGUCACACCAUUAGUGUGUCGGAAUUCAUCCAAGGUGAGAGUGUAGCUUCUAAACAGCACUGAACUCUUGAGUUGUAUUUUAAGGAAACUGACAUUAUCUUCCAUCAGCUCAAGGUAAACGCAGCUAACUUUAUACACAUAUCCUUGCAUGCUCAAGUGCUUGAAAGCGUUUGAACCGCUGCUGAUUUUCAAAAAGACAUUUGUCCCACACUUCUGAUAAAUAUCUAGCACUGCACCCAGGACAUUACAGGCAAGCGACAAUGUGUUCGGUAAUAAACAGAGUCAGAGCAGUUCAACGGGCUCUGGCUCUCACGCCUCGGCUUAGAAUGAACACCGAGGCCUCGAGUUACUCUGCAUCCCAGAACAGGCGCGCCUGUCCCGGCCUGAGUGCUGGCGAAGACCCGCUGCGAGCUUUCAGCAGAUCGUACUGCUCCAGGAUGGCGCUGACCAAAGGACUGCUCUUCAGACAGCUGUUUGAGCUGGAGAGCAGUACCUACACCUACCUGCUGGCUGACACAGAGACCAAGGAGGCGAUCAUCAUCGAUCCUGUGCUGGAGACCAUUGACAGGGACCUGAAGCUCAUACAUGAACUGGGGCUUAAUCUAAAAGUAGCAGUAAACACCCACUGCCAUGCUGACCACAUCACAAGCACAGGUCUGAUGAAGAAAAGAUUGGUUGGGCUGAAAAGUGCCAUCUCCAAAUUCAGCGGCGCCUCUGCAGAUAUAUACCUGUUAGACGGAGACAAGAUCACAUUUGGAAAACAUUUUCUGACAGCGAGAGAGACACCGGGACACACUGAUGGUUGUAUGACGCUGGUGUCAGGGGAUCAGAGCAUGGCUUUCACUGGGGAUGCUUUGCUCAUCAGAGGCUGUGGCAGGACAGACUUCCAGCAGGGCUGCCCUAAAAAGCUCUACCAUUCAGUCCAUCAGAAGAUUUUUACCCUGCCUGACCAGUGCCUUGUCUACCCAGCACAUGACUACUUAGGUCAGACGGUGUCUACGGUCGGUGAGGAGCGCCAGUUUAACAGGCGCUUGACCAAGAGCCUGGAGGAGUUUGUGGACAUCAUGAACAAUCUUAAUCUCAAAAAGCCUGCUAAGAUAGAUAUUGCAGUGCCUGCUAAUCUAGUUUGUGGAAUACAUGAAGUUUGAAUAUCCAGCAAAAGGGAGGCUUUUAAUCAAAUCAACUACAUCAUAGCAAAACGAUAAACCUACAAAACUAAACAUUAAGUGCUUUACUGGAUUGUACAGUGUACUGUAUGUAAAUUUAAAGAUGUAUAUUUGAAAAGCUGCUAUCAUUUUGAGUUCAACCUCUGAUGUCCUUGUGAUCAUGCUUAAAAUAAAGAUGCAAACUAUUUUAGAAAUAA